AUGGAUCAGCUGGAGUAUGUGAGAAGUACUACUGCUGCCCAAGCUGCCAAGGAGGGAUUGAGCAAGCCUGCUGCUCCCCAGAAGAAUGCUUACAUGAGGCUUGUGCAAAAGCACCACAGUGGCCGGUUCCGGUCAUAUUUGAAUCACAUUUCAGAGAAGAUGCAGCUAGAAGAUGAGCCCAGCUCGGAUCUGGACCUGCCCUUGAGGAGAGGCCUGGAGGAGGAUAAUCCAGCCAGGAAUGGGUUGAAUGUGCACAGCUAUUCACCGGUCGGAACAUCUCACCUGGAACAGACCAUGCCUGGAGAAUUUGAGAAUGAUAAACCCCAGCUCGCUCAGAACAGAUGUCCUCAUAAAAAAAAUGCCUUUGUUAGUCUAGAAGGAGACUUGGAGGUGGACAAUGACUUUUAUGUACAUCAGCAUGGAGCUGCAUCUGACUUGUUAAAUAUGAGUGAUGCCCUGGGUGGGAGAGUAUCGAACAGCCUGACACACUGUGCAGGUCUGCAGAAGUCCUCUGGGUCUGAUGAAAAGGAUGAGGAGGAUAUGUGGAGGAGGAAACAUAAAAAACGAGGCAGAUAUCCUGCCAGCACAGAUACAGCAGCUGGACACUUGUUGACUGAGCAGUUUAGUGAGGAUGUGCUGGCAAUAAAUGCCAGGAAAAACCGUCAGUCGUCUCCAGGUCAAGUCCAAGGUGCAGAAAAGAGAGGAUAUGCAAGGACCAGAAACAACUCCGAAUCUGCAAGAACUCCCCAGAACUUCGAUAGGAAGAGACAACUCUCUGACUCGCAGACAGAAACAAUGAACAAUUCAGACAGCAGAAUAAAUCCUAGACAACUGGGAACUCCCAGAGGAGGAUCCUAUGCUGCUGUCCCAACAUCAGGUGAUAGAAAGACUCUAAAUAAACCCACCCGAGGGAGGAAGAAGAGUGUAUUUGAAGCCUACAUGUCUAAAGAAGAUGUAUCAGCAGGACUGAAAAGGGGAGAGCUAAUUCAGGGACCCUUGAGAAUAAAUCCUAAGAAGUACCAUGAAGCCUUCAUUCCAUCUCCAGAUGGGACUCGCGAUAUCUUUAUUGAUGGAGUGGUUGCUCGCAACAGAGCCCUGAACAGUGACAUUGUGGUAGUGAAACUGCUUCCCAAGGAGCAAUGGAAGGUAAUAAAGCCAGAUGGUUGUGACAAAGAAACAGAAGCCAUGCAUGAAUCAAAUGUCCCUGAGGAUAUGUUGGGCACUUGCAUUCCUCAAGAGGCAGCGAAAGGCAAUGCUGGAAGUCCGGAUGUCAUUAUAGAAGCUCAGUUUGAUGAUAAUGAUGCAGAGCAUGGACAAGACCACUUGCAGAAUAUGUUGACAGAUGACAUUAAGAAACUUUUGCUGGAUACUGGUGAAAAGG